UUUAGCUUAGCUUAUCUAGCUAGCUCCCUCACAGAUUUCUGAGACACAUCCACAAGCGCUUGUCUGAUUACAGCACAUAUUUUAGCGCACUUUUUAUUUUAGCAGGUUUUGGUGCAAGUCCGAUCAUUAGAGCUUGAGUGGGCAGAACUGUUCUGACCCCCACAACUGCCUGCAGCUCUCCUCUGUCUUGCUGCCAUGAGCGCCAGCACACACUCAGUCCCUGCGGAGCACCUGGACUACAGCUACAUCGAAAAAUGUUCAGACAUAAAGUAUUUGGAGGAGAUCCUAAGAGUCCUCAGGUCAGGUAAAGAGGGCUUUUACCCUCACCUCACUGAUUUCUGUGAGAAGUGUAUAGAAAAGCUGGAUCCCAGGAGUCGUGCCCUAAGGAAAGAGAAUUCUCCUGCUACAGCUGCCAAUUUCUCAAAAGAUGAGUGGAGCCAGAUCACUAAUGAUCUAAAGAAAUGGGAGAGAGAGAUCAAAGUAAAUGAACUGGAGCUGAAGCAACGGUCCAUAUGCAGCAAUGAUGAAAACAUCCCACCUGUGCGAGGGUCCAGCUGCUCACUUCAGAAAGCAGCCCAGGAUGGGGUCAAAAAUAGUUUGAAAACGUCUCAUCUACCCCGAGCCUACCAAGACUGGGACGAGUUUGAUGUUGAGAAGGAAUGUGCUAAAAUUGAUGGAGGUAUGGCAAAUAAAGACUCUCCUGCCAUUAUCGAUGACUUCCUUCCAAAAAUCAAAAGGGAUGUAGACACAACAGUUCUUACAGAGCAGGAGAAAGUUGUUCUGGCAAACCGUGAAAAAGACAAAGGCAAUGAGGCUUUCAGAGCCUGUGAUUAUGAGGAGGCUGUGGCCUACUAUAGCAGGAGUCUAUGCAUCAUGGUGACGGCUGCAGCCCUUAAUAACCGGGCCCAGGCAGAGAUCAAACUGCAUCGCUGGCAUGACGCCCUGAGCGACUGUGAGCGAGUGCUGCAGCUGGAGCCACACAAUACUAAAGCUCUGCUGCGUCGUGCCACUGUGAACAAACAGCUGGGGAACCUGCAGGUGGCCAGUGAUGACCUCAGUGCUGUGCUUCGCUCUGAGCCGCACAACAUGAUCGCUCAGAGACUGCUGGAGGAAAUCAGUAAGAAAAUAAAUGCAGACAUGCAGGACAAACCAAGCAAGGGCAAAAAGCUUCUCAUUCAGGAAGUAGAAGAGGAUGAUGACAAAAUCAGUGAUGAAGAUGACAAAAAAACAUCAGCUGACGGUGGUCAGAGUGCGGGAGAGGAUAGGCAGGCUGCAGCGAGAGGAGGAAUGGGUAAUGCGCAGAAGAAGCCUCAGGGUAGGGGGGCACGGGGAGGAACCGCUGACAAAUACAAGGUGAAGGCAGAGGGAGGGUCGGCAGCUGCAGAGAGCAGGAAGAGCCUGGCUAAUGGCAGCAGCAGCAACAGCACAACUCAGCCGGGCAGCGGCAGGCCUGACAGUCCAGUGGGGAAGAGGACAGAGCCACCCUCUGUGGCUGGAGCACUGCCUCCACCACUGGCCCAACUAAAGAACGAGGGAAACCAGCUCUUCAAGAAUGGACAGUUUGGAGACGCUCUGGAGAAGUACACGCAUGCUAUUACAGGGUUCACGGAAGCAGGCAUUGACAGUCCAGAGGACCUAUCUAUACUGUACUCAAACAGAGCAGCCUGCUACCUGAAAGAUGGUAACAGCUCUGACUGUAUAACCGAUUGCACCAGAGCACUGGAGCUGCAGCCGUUUUCUCUGAAGCCGCUGCUGCGCAGGGCAAUGGCGUACGAGUCUCUGGAGCGUUACCGCAAAGCCUAUGUGGACUAUAAAACCGCACUGCAGAUUGACAGCAGCAUCCUCGCCGCCCACGACAGUGUCAACAGGAUCACGCGGUUGCUGAUGGAGCAGGAUGGUCCUGAUUGGAGGCAGAAGUUACCGGAGAUUCCAGUGGUUCCGCUGUCGGCCCGACAACACUGUACAGAACCCCCACCCUCUACUCAUUCACACACCGAGAAAGACACAAAAGAAGCCGCCAGGAGAACAGAGGCACGUUUCACUUCCCUGAAGACAGAAGGAAACGAGUUAGUGAAGAAAGGCCAGUACCACGAGGCAGUUGAAAAAUACAGUGAAUGCCUUAAACUCAAAUCAGAUGAAUGUGCAAUCUACACUAACAGAGCUCUCUGCUUAAUUAAACUGGAACGCUUUGCUGAAGCCAAGCAAGAUUGUGACUCCGCCCUAAAGCUUGAGCCCUCCAAUAAGAAGGCCUUCUACAGACGCGCAUUGGCUUAUAAGGGCUUGAAGGAUUAUGUGGCAUGUAGUUCAGAUUUGCAGGAGGUGCUGCGUUUAGACGCGAGUGUGCAGGAGGCUGAGCGGGAGCUGGCAGAGGUGACGGCUUUGCUGAAACAGCAACAAGCUACAGAGUCUUCCAGCCAGCCACGCAGGAACAUCACCAUCACUGAGGUGGAGAAGGAGGAGGAGGAGGAGGGAGAAGCUGCAGUGAGCAAUCCAGAGGGAGGACAGAAGAGUACCAGUCAGAGCAUCAACCUGCAACCCUCAAACGCAUAUGAGUUUGGCCAGGCGCUGAACGCAGCCCGUUCACAUAACGACACAGCAGCUGGAGCUCAGCUCCUUCGCUGUGUGCCCCCAGACAGUCUUCCCCAGUAUUUGAAAACACAGCUGGAUGCACACACUCUCGGCUUUAUCAUGCAGGCGCUGGACACACACCUGCUGACGCCAGAGCCAGACCUCGUUUACCAGCUCCUCAGCCAUCUCCACACCACAGAAAGGUUCUCGGUUGUUCUGAUGCUGCUGGACUCGGAUGAGAGGAAGCAGAUGACGCAGCUGUUCGAGCACCUUGGUUCAGUGGACAGUGAGCUGUUCUCUCAGAAUGAUGUCAAAAAUCUGGCCAAUAAAUACAUCUGACCUUUUUAAACUUUUUGCAUGAGCUUCCAUGCACUCGUAUCUAUGCAACAACCUCAGAUCCUUAAACCUGCAUCAGCUUGAAGCAAUAUCAACAAAGAGAUGCACAAUCCGACAGGACCCAAUACACCUGCUCUACAAAACUCAACAAAACUCAUCCCUCUUUCUGGAACUGCUACAGACUGAUUCUGUGUGGAUGCUUCACUUUAUGAGAUGGAUGCAUGGUCUGGUGGAAGCUUUAUAAAAACAGUAUUUCCUGAAAAAAAUACUGAAAAGUGCCCUCAAACGUUCUGAUGCAAAAUAGUAUAGAAAAUGUUCAGCUUAAUUUUAUUGAAUCUUAUGCCAUGUAUUCAUACAUAUGAAAAAAAUGUAUAUGUCACAAUACAUCUUUCAGUUAUAAAGAGAGAAGGUAUAUUUUAUUGCAGUAAAAGAUCUGACAUAUCCGGGUAAAAACAAAUAUUUAAAGUAAAUACUGGAGCCCUGAUGCGCACAAAAUGAAGCCAUGUGUGGGAUGUGUGCCUUUGUACUCAGGUUAAAGAAUGCCAUCUUCAACACUCACACCCAUGUUGAACAUGUUGAAAAGCAAGAGAACACAAUAAAGAUGUUAAAAGACUAUUUUCAUUUGUAAAUGAUAAGCCACUGUACUGUGUUGCAGCUGAGCUCUGAAGCAUUAACUGCAUGUGAAAUCCCCCUCAAUAUACAAGUUGUUUAUAAA